GUUUUAUAAUACUGUAAAUGGAGGAUCAAGCUUUUAGGCAGCAUCCUGCAGCUUAUCUUUAAAUAACGCUUCACAUCUUUAUAGGCAAAAGAUUACGCUUUUUUUGGGUUAAAGGGGCGCACUGAUGUUACAGUUGGGUGAGCAGGGCACCAGUUCUCACAGAGCAUGGAUAGAGGGUGGUUUAUUGGACGGGAGAGGAUCCCCUCUACAGACUCCGAGCAGAUGUCUAGCUCUCACAGUAGCUUCUCAAGGCCCUGCCGGACUAUCAACCUGACUGAAAUGCUGCAAGCUGACAAACCUAAUGUAGUAAAGAAGCCAAUUCCAAUCCGCCCUCCAAAACCCAGAGCUUCUGUGCCAAGUAAACAAGAGCUCCGUCGCAGUUUUUCUUGUGAGCCUGCACCUAAACCCAUAAUCCGACAACGGUCUCACUCUCUGCCUCCCGCUACAGAAAAGAAGAAGCAAUGCAGACAUGUUGGUGUAAGGUUUGUCGACUCUUUAGGGCUCGACCUGGAAGAUAUCAAGCAUUUCAGAUCUGGAGAGGAUCCAUUUGUACCACACCAUGUUACCUUCAGAUUGUUGAUGGGUGCAGAGUUGGCAGAUAAAAGGCAUAUGGAGAUAUCCUUGCCAUACUUAAAGCCUGCUUUUGCCCAACAACCUGGUGACCAGCCAGAAUUCCUGCAUCGUCUCCAUGAUCAAAAAGUGUGUCUGGAGAGAGUCUUUUGUUUUGAACUGGGUGUCGUUGGAAUCACCCAGGUCCUCAAUUUGGACUUUAAGAAAGAUAUCACAGCUCGCUAUUCAUUUACAGAGUGGAAGAGCAGCACAGAAACGAAGGCCUCUUGGGUGUCCACCAUCACCAAGACCCGGGAAGGAGAAGGGGGCCAAAUCAGUUAUGAUACAUUUCGUUUCCACCUGCCUGUUCCUCCAUUUUUGCUGCCAGGAGCAGUGUUAGAGUUUGCUAUCCAAUACAAAGUUUGUGGGGCUGAAUACUGGGACAACAAUGAAGGAAAGAAUUAUAAGUUAGUUUGCCAUAACUAUAAGUUCAUUGUGCCCAAAGAAUGCGAGGAAAGCAUGGUGCACUUCAUUUAGGAUGCUGACUAAAGGCAGAAAAACAAUUUAGAGGACUUUAUGACUGUUGUCAGCAAGACCUAGUUAAAAUGUAUACCUGCAUUGUAACAUCUAAUGUUCAUUUUGUGCUAUCAGAGGAUUUCUUUGAAUCAAGUUAGACUCAGGAUACAGUUAACUCUGGACAAACUUAGCCAGAAUGAAAAUAACAAACACUAGUGCACUUAAAUCUGAUGCCAGCUUUUGUGCCACUGUUUUAAUUCUGUGUUUUCUUUUUAAAAAUUGUACUGUUUCAUUUCAUUUUGGCUAUUUCAUAAAAUUGCACUUUAAUGUUGGGACAUCCAAUGGAAAUGACACCCACUAAGCAUUACAUAAAUAUACAGUGAAACUGAAAUGAAUGCACUUCGGUUCACUGUUUCCUCCAGCUGGGAAUUUGACAUACAAAAUAAUUUUGUGCAAUGCAGGAGUUUGGUCUGCUGAAUCAUUUUACUCUUUAUGAAGUUUACUUUAGUAAAAUGUUGUCAAACCAAAUGUCCAAACCAUGCAAUAGAUACAAUGUCAAUGUCUUUUAUUAAUUAAGAAAUUGAUACGCUGCUUAUUUUGUUUAACAAUAAAGCACAAUUACACAUA